AUGGUAUUUCAGGAUUUUGAUCGAAUUUCUGAGAGGAGAAGAUUAGAAAGAGAACAAAAGUUUAAGAGGAGAGUUAUCAUUGCUUUUAUUUCGCUUCUCGCUUUGCUUGUUAUAGUUGCUGCUGGAAUUUUGUUCAUUAUCUGGGAUAACUCCAUAAACAGCGCCAAACGGCAUCAGCAGCAUCAGGAACAGGAGCAGCAGCGGCAGCACCAGCAGCACCAGCAGCCGAAGGGAGAAGAAGCAACUCAACCUAAAGAACCUUCCAAGAAUAACGUUGCACAAGUCAGUAAAGUUCUUAAAAAAAUAUGUAAUGCCACCACUUACAAAGAAACUUGCUUAAGUUCUAUCAAGGAUGCCGUGGAAAAGGAUCCUUCUGCACCUCAUCCUAAAGCGAUUAUCAAGUUAGGUAUACAAUCAACUAAGGAUGAAGUCGGCAAGGUUUUAGACAAAGCUUCGUCCUUUAACUUCAACACCCCACAAGAGAAAGCAGCAUUUGAAGAUUGUAAAGUGUUAAUGGCGGAUGCCAAACAAGAAUUGGAAGAAUCUAUUUCUCAUGCUGAUUCUGACGAUGGGAAUUUUAAGAAAAAUGAAGCAGAAUUGAAUAAUUGGUUAAGUGCUGUAAUGUCUUAUCAACAAACUUGUAUUGAUGGAUUCCCUGAAGGGAAAUUGAAGUCUGAUAUGGAAAAUGUCUUUAAUGCAUCCAAGGAACUUACCAGUAAUUCUCUUGCUUUGGUCUCAUCGUUAACAUCAAUCCUUCAAUCGCUUCUGAUUUCACAAUCUGGUCGUCGCCUUCUAACUAAGGAACCCAACUCAUUUUCAAUGGAAGAAGAUGGACUUCCAAGUUGGAUCAGCCAUGAGGAUCGACGGAUGCUGAAGGCUGAAACCGAACGCGAUGACAAGCCAAAACCAAAUGUUGUCGUGGCCAAAGAUAGCAGCGGAGACUUUAAAACUAUUUCUGCUGCUUUGGCUGCCAUGCCAAAAAAUUAUGAAGGACGGUACGUGAUCUUUGUCAAAGCAGGAACUUAUGAUGAAACCGUGACAGUGACAAAGAAGAUGGUGAAUCUCACCAUCUACGGUGAUGGAUCAAUGAAGACCAUCAUCACUGGAAGCAAAAAUUUCAAAGAUGGAGUUCAGACUUUUAGAACUGCAACUUUUGCGGCAAUAGGGGAAGGAUUUAUGGCAAAAUCAAUUGGAAUCAGAAACACAGCAGGUCCAGAAAAACAUCAAGCAGUGGCCCUCAGAGUUCAAGCAGAUCGUUCAAUAUUCGUCAACUGUCGUUUUGAGGGCUACCAAGAUACCCUAUAUACACAAGCUCACCGCCAGUAUUAUAGAAGUUGCGUCGUCGUUGGAACUAUUGAUUUCAUCUUCGGUGAUGCAUCAGCAAUCCUCCAGAACUGCCUGAUCCUUGUCAGGAAACCCAUGGCAAACCAGCAGAACAUCAUUACAGCUCAGGGCAGGAUUGAUCCACAUGAAACGACAGGACUUGUUCUUCAGAAUUGUCGCAUUAAGCCACAUCCAGAUCUGGUUCGUGUUAAAGCAAAAGUGAAGAGUUACCUUGGAAGACCCUGGAAAGAGUAUUCAAGAACCAUUGUAAUGGAAUCAACAAUUGGAGAUUUUAUUCAACCUGAUGGAUGGCUGCCAUGGAAAGGAGAAAAAGGAUUAAAGACACUUUACUAUGCAGAGUUCGACAACAAAGGACCUGGUUCAAAAACUGAUGCUAGAGUAAAAUGGCCUGGUUAUCAUGUGAUUAAUAAAGAAGAAGCCAAAAAGUUUACUAUAAAGCCUUUUAUCCAAGGAGAUUGGAUUAGUGACAUGGGGGCUCCUGUUCAUUUUGGCUUAUUUUAG